AUGUGGUUUUUACUGCAUAUGGCUGUACUUUGUUUGUCGCUUCGCCCAAUAUCUCGACUCCACUAUCUCACAAGCACUUCUGAACAUGAUUUAUGGUCUACAUGGAAACUCAAAUAUCACAAAGCAUAUGAAGGAACCAACGAAAUCCGCCGGAAGCUAGUGUUUUUAAAGAACCUGAAAGAUAUCCAACUCAAAAAUUCGCAACGAGAAUCAGAUGAAGACGCGUACUUCGAUUUGGACCAAUUCAGUGACUUAACAGAGACAGAGUUUAUGGAAACAGUCGCAACAAAAAAAGCACACGCACACCCCAAAGGACUUCACAACAACAUCCAUAUUCCAAUUCCACACCCAAAUGGACCACUCCCAGAAAACUAUUCUGCAUGUGGACAAGAGCUUUUGUUUGGCUCCAUCAAAGACAACGAAAUCGACUUUUGUAAAGGAAUGGAAUUUGACCAAGGUGGGUGUGGCUCAUGUUUUUCCGUUUCAAAUGCAAUGGCUCUCCAAAUUAAAUACGCCAAUUUAACGUAUCACAGAGACGGAGUUCCCACAUACAAAAUGAUGAGUCCACAACAACUCUUGGAUUGUGAGGUUAACGGGGAAAGAUGUCGAGGCGGGUACGCAGAUGGUCCUCUUGAUUACAGUCACUACAUUUCUCUUGCUGAUGACUAUCCUUACUACUCGGGGACAUCUCCUUCGACGAACAAAGGGUGUCAAAAGGGCAAGAAAACUCCAAUGAAAUUGAGUUAUACUUUAUUUGAUGAUGCACAAGACGUCGCGACUUUAAAACAAAUAGUGCAUCACUACGGGAGUUUUGUGUCAUGUGUGAAACCAAUUGGGUGGAGUGGAUACGCCGGCGGCAUAUUGAAAAAUGUUGGGUGCAGUAAGAAUGAAAUCACAACACAUGUCAUUGGAGUUGUUGGCUAUGGGAGAGAAAAUGGAGUCGACUAUAUUAUUGUAAGAAACAGUUGGGGGAAGAAUUGGGGGCUUGGUGGAUAUAUCAAAUUGGCGCAAGAGGCGUUGUGUGGGAUUGGUGGGAAUGAUAACGAAGACAUCCCUAUCUCUUUGGUUCAUCAUGUUGCGUUUUCUGAUGUUGAGGCGGGUCCUUAUGGCACUUUUAGAAGCGUUGUCGAUGUACAACCGGUGUUGUAUAACACAAGCAACGACCCAGCAAUUAACCCUGUCCACAACCAAAGUGAAACACCAAGCGAAGCAUCAAGCCAAAGUCACGAACAAAGCCAAACGAGUCGAAAUGAAUCAUCGAAUAGUAUGGAGGAGUAUAGUUCUUCUAUUUCUGAGGGAAGUCUUUCCCAUCAGAGCAAUGAUGAGAGUCAUAACAAUCAUACUUCAAAUGAUACCGUGUUUGACAACGAUCGUAUAACCCUUAAAGAACUGUUGGCAUAUGGGAUGUAUGCAAUUGCUGCUGGGGCUACAAUACUAAUGAUUGUUGCAGUGAUUAUUCUGCACUUGUCGUUAUUUUUUUAA